UCGUGGGUUUACAUUUUACAGUUACAGCUGAAGACUGAGCAGCAAGCAUGGAGUUUGAGAAGAGAAAAGCGGCAACACUAUCAUCGUUGAACUCAACCGAGCACGACAAGUCUCCAAAGGGCAGUUUGGACAUUCCAAUAAUACCUCUCAUCAAUGCACUCAACAACCACCCUUUCUACUUCACUACAAGCUCCUGCUCCGGCAGAAUCUCAAUCCUCUCUCAGCCUCUUCAAAACGACGCCGUUUCAACGCUUCCCAAGAAGAAAGCCAGAGGCGGUACCUGGCUCUUCGUUUCCCACGAUCCUGCCGAUACCGACUCCCUCCUUUCCCUCCUCUUCCCCACCUCCGAGUCAACUCAGUCUUCACCCGUUCCCUCCGAACUCGUCUUCAGAUUCGAGCCCCUCAUCAUCGCCGUCGAGUGCAAAGAUCUUUCUUCCGCUCAGUCGCUGGUGUGGCUCGCAAUAUCAUGUGGUUUCAGGGAAUCUGGCAUCACCAACGCCAGCAAGCGUGUAAUCAUAGCGAUUCGCUGUUCGAUACGGUUGGAGGUGCCGUUAGGGGACACUGGCAAGAUUAUGGUGAACCCUGAGUAUGUUAGGUAUCUUGUUCAGGUCGCAAACGACAAGAUGGAAGCUAAUAGGAACAGAACUGAGAGGUUCCUUGCAGUGUUGCAGCAUUCCAAUGGUUUUGGAGGAGGACCUGUGGUUGCGGAUAUCGGUAACCAUUUACUGCCAAAUUGUGAUCAUUAUGAAGUUGAGGAUGAGUCUCGGUCAGGAACCGAGAAUGGAGACACCUAUUCAGGAUUUGUUGGUUCUCCUGUUUGUAAUGUGCCAGUUACACAUGUUGAAGUUGUUGGUGAACCAGUGGAGAAACUUUUUCUAUGGGGCCAUUCAGCUUGUGCAUUGGAUAAUGGCAAGGUGGUUGUAUUUGGUGGCUUUGGAGGGCCAGGGAGACAUGCAAGAAGAGAUGAUUUGUUGCUGCUUGAUCCAUGUUCUGGCAAUCUUGAAAUGAUCAGCACUCCUGCAUGUGAGUCUCCAUCCCCACGACUAGGCCAUACAGCUUCCUUGGUUGGAGAUUGCAUGUUUGUGAUUGGAGGUCGGACUGGUCCUGAUAAAAUUCUGAGUGAUGUAUGGAUCCUUGAUACAACUAAGAAUUAUUGGAGGUUACAUCAAUGUGGCGGUAGUGUCUUUCCUCCCAGACAUCGUCAUGCUGCAGCUGUGGUGGGUUCGAAUAUCUACGUAUUUGGAGGACUUGACACCGAUAUUAUAUUUUCUUCCUUUUAUAUUCUUGACACACAAAAUUUACAAUGGAAAGAGAUACCAGUUAGUGGGGACUUGCCUUGUGCACGCCACUCUCAUGCAAUGGUGGCAUCUGAUUCUCAGAUUUAUAUGUUUGGUGGAUACACUGGUGGGAAAGCACUUGGAGAUUUAUAUAGAUUUGAUGUUCAGAAGUGUCAGUGGAAGAAGGAAAAGACUGCUGGAAGGAUUCCACAUGCUAGGUUCUCACACUCAAUGUUUGUGAAUAAAAAUUUUCUUGGCAUUAUUGGUGGUUGCCCAGUCAGACAAAAUUGUCAGGAGUUAGCUUUACUUGAUUUGAAGCUUCGUCUAUGGAAGCAUGUUACCCUUAAUUCUGUUGGUAAAGAUUUGUUUGUGCGUAGUACAGCUAACGUUGUUGGCAAUGACCUUGUUAUUGUUGGUGGUGGUGCAGCAUGCUAUGCAUUUGGAACCAAGUUUAGUGAGCCAGCAAAAGUCAACUUGCUCCAUGUAACAUGUUCACAUGAUGAACCUUUGCCCAUCAAGAAUCAGGACAACCAUAUGAAUAUACAGAGGGAACGGACAAACGGGAAUAUGAUUGAACAUUCUAAAGGAUCCCAACCUGUACAUGCACCAAAUGUAUUGGGAAAUGAAAAAUCAGAUCUUAAUGGUGCCUUACUUUGUUUGAGUAACCAAAGUCAGAAGAUUGCAUCACAUUAUGUCCUGCAACUAGAAAAGAAAUAUGCCAAAUCAGGGAAGGACAUAUUGAAGAAAUUUGGAUGGUUAGACUUGGGGAGGAAGGCAUGCUCUGAAGAGGGUGGAAUGCAUAUCCGUUUUCCUGUUCGUAAGGGAUUUGUUACUUUAUUUAAUAAAAGGAUUCAUCAUUCAGCUGAUGCAAUUGAUGGAAAUAAUGAACUUCUCUUCUCAAAACCACAUAAUCGAGAUGGAUACUCGUUAAAUGCGUUGUCCUGUUCUGAAGGAUUGAAUCUUCUUGUUGAAUAUGGUGCAAUUAUGUUGGUAGACGAGGUUGUUGAAGUAAGAAAAGCUGCUAAGUCCCCUUUGAAAGUGAUGAAUGAAGCUGUAACAUCUUUGAUUAAACAUAAAGGCCUACCGGAAUCGCUUCUAGAGGAAUUGCCAACAAGGUGGGAUCGGCUUGGAGAUAUUGUCAUAGUUCCAGCGGCUUCUUUCAAGGAUUCCUUGUGGGACUCCAUCGCAGAGGAGCUUUGGCCCAUUGUUGCCAAAUCACUUAAGGCCCAUCGUCUUGCUCGCCAAGGCCCUGUUGCUGCUACUGGUACAAGAGAUAGCAAAUUGCAAAUUCUUGUUGGAGAUAAUGGUUGGGUCAAUCAUCGAGAAAAUGGAAUACUUUAUUCUUUUGAUGCUACAAAGUGCAUGUUCUCAUGGGGCAAUCUAUCCGAGAAGCUCCGGAUGGCCAGGCUAGAUUGUAAAGAUGAGGUUAUAGUAGAUCUCUUUGCUGGCAUUGGCUACUUUGUGCUGCCUUUUCUUGUCAGGGCCCAUGCAAAACUUGUAUAUGCAUGUGAGUGGAAUCCCCAUGCGGUAGAAGCACUCAAACAUAAUCUACAAGCUAACUCUGUAGCUGACCGUUGUAUCGUGCUUGAGGGAGAUAAUCGAAUUAUGGCCCCCAAGAACAUGGCUGAUAGAGUAUCUCUUGGUCUCCUUCCAUCUAGCGAGUGUAGCUGGGUCACAGCUGUCAGGGCUUUAAGGAGAGAUGGUGGAAUAUUACACGUCCAUGGGAAUACAAAGGACACUGAAGAACGUCAGUGGACUGAUCAUGUGUUGAAGUCCAUAGAUGAAAUUGCUAGAUCUGAAGGUAGACCUUUCUUCAUUACAAAAAGGAAAAUAAAUGUUAUUGUUGGGAGGUUUCAAUAGAACAUGUAGAGAGGGUGAAAUGGUAUGCUCCACACAUUCGCCAUGUCGUUGCAGAUGUAAGAUGCAGACAGAUCAGAAGAUAGCUAUUGGGACGUGGUCUGAGGUUUAAAACUGCCUUCUUCAUGCAAUCAGUGCGGAUAGCAAAAGCAAUUGCUAUAAUAUGUUCAACUUUAACAAUUAUCAGACUGGCAGAUGUUGCAUGCAUUGGCAUACUUGUGUCUCAUUACAGGUUCUGCAUACUUCUAGAGUUACAGUGUUACAGUUGAUGUUGUAACUGUUAUUCAUCUUGUUCUCAGUAUACAGUUUGUUGUUCUAGAAUGGUUAAUCCUAUCCAUCAAAGGAGGGAGAAGAGGGGAGGGAAUCUUUUUCUGCACCAAAUUGUUGUACUGUUUUCUCUGUUUUUGGUUUGUGGUUUUUAUUGAUAUAAGGUUUGUGUCAAUUUUUUUUUUCUUUUGAUCUGGAUUCUCUGGUAGUACGUCAAAAAUGUUUCUACUGCAGAGUUUGGCCCAUGUUAAAGCCCAAAUUUCCGUUGUUAGGCCCAAGAUAUUGUUGCAACAUAAUUCAUUCAUGUCUGUACAAUAAAGUUGGACAAUGGGUCCAA